AAGCAAAAUAAUUUAAAAUCAGCGGGCCCUGUACUUCUUGAAACAGACAAGAAGACUCAACCUACGAUGCAGCAAUUGCUGGCGAAUCCGCCAAAAGCCCAAUGGCCCCAUGACCAUGACAUAACAAAACGCAUAGAUAAGGCUAUCAUGGAUUAUAUAUUAGUUGACAUGCAGCCUUAUAACACUGUGUCAGGAAAAGGAUUUAAGCGCUUAAAUUUUGCGGACCCUGCAGGACCAAAAAAAUAUAAAUUGAAAUCUGAAAAAUUUUUUCGCACCCAACUAAUGCCGGAAACUUUUGAAAAAGUUAAAACUAAAGUAGUCAAUUUGCUAUGUGAGGCCGAGUGGAUAAGUUUUACUACAGACAUUUGGUCAAAUCCUACUAAAACUUGUUCACUUCUGAGUUUUACGGCCCAUUUUGUGCACAAUGAACAACGACCAAAAGUAAUCUUGGGUGCAUCAGUUUUAGAAAAUGACCACACGGGCGACUAUAUCUCCGAGAAACUGAAAGAAGUAGUCGAAGAUUAUAAUAUAGGCUCUAAAAUCCACCUUGCUCUUCGCGAUAAUGCUGGGAACAUGGCCCGUGCUACAAGGGUUGCGGAGUACGAUUCGUUGGGCUGUGUGUCUCAUACACUACAACUGGUGAUUCAUGACGCAAUUUUAUCGGUGCCAAACAUAAUAACAAUACUAAAAAAGUGUCGUAAAGUAGUCGGACACUUUCAUAGAAGUGAGCAGGCACGGAGGUAUUUAAAUACUUUCCAAAAAACUUUAAAUUUACCAGAACACACCCUAUUCCAAGACGUGGAAACACGUUGGAACAGCACGUACUUAAUGUUGUCACGGUUGAUUGAGCAAAAAAAUGCGAUUAAUCUAUACCGUGUCGAAAGGGGCUCAAUCAAUGAAAUUAAUAACGAAGAAUGGACGACGAUGCAAGAUGCUGUCAGUGUAUUGGAAUGUUUUUAUGAGGCCACAUUAGACAUGUCGUCAGAUGCAUCAUGUGUCUCCUUGGUGAUACCUUUAGUAGCCAUGUUAAGUGGAAAACUUGCGUCAACUAGCGGGCAAAGUCAGUUUGUAGCGUCGGCAGAUACUGCAAUGUCAGCAGAUAUAGAAAACAAUGAAAGCAAAGUGGAUGGGAAAAGGCCUGGACGUGGACGCAGUCCAAUACGUUGGUCCGACCAGAUCCGCACCGCUCUUGACUCCACAGUCCACAUGGCUCUCCACACCGCCAAAGACAGAACCAGAUGGAGAGCAAUUGUCAGGGAGAAGGUGAUUCAGAAGGGAGGUCACGACCCUCGUCACUGA